AUGGGGACCCAUGUGCCCCAUGUCACCUUGUAUGUGCCCACAUGCCAGUGCAUGUUCAUGGAUGCCCCCCUCCCCGGGCAGGCUCAAAGCCCUAGCCAUGGGUCCUGGGGGAUGCAGGAGCUUGUAGCCGAGCUGGAUACCCACAGCAGCGAGGACAAAGCUCCAUCUGCCCCGUCCUGGCAGAUAUUCCCAGCCGAUUGCCUUCGUCAUCCGCUGUUCACUCACAUGCUCGCACACACGGCCCGCAUGGCUAGCUCAGCACUCAACCACUCCUGGCCGGCCCUCUCCAAGCUCUGGCUGAAGCGGUGGGCCUUCAAGAGAGCUCAGAACGGAGGAGUGAUGAUCUCAGGGUCACACAGCGAGUACAAGCUGAAGGAGCCAGGAUUUGGAACCAGGCUCCAUCCAACACCCAAGAUCAAGCCAGGGCACCCUCCUGACCUGGAGGGCAAGGAAGCUGACCAAGCACCCCAGGAUCGGGCCCUGAAAGGCUCUGAGCCCAAGCCAUGUGUCCAGCCCUUUGACUCUGGAGCUGCAGACUCAGCCACCAAGAGCAGUGGUGGACCCUGGAGGCCUGAGGACCCAGACUUCUCCGCCAUGGAGGAUGAGCAGGAAGUGUUGGAGGAAAGAUACAAGUUCCCCAGCAAAGGACAAAGCCCCCUCCCUCCCCCUCCAUCGCUGUACCUGCCACAGCUGCCCACCAUCCCCUUCCAUCCAAAGCUCUGGCCGGGUUCCCACUUCUGCCUCCUGUGUGGACACUGCCACCUGCGUCCUGCCAGCCAAGAUCCGCAGCUGACCAAGAGCGUGGCUCUUGGCUGGCAGGAGGAUGGAAUUCCAGGGCUGCUCGGCGGUGGCGAGAGCUCGGAGGACUUCCGCCUGGACUUGGGGGACCUUCAGGGCAGUGAGUAUAUCCAGGACCUGGGCCUUGAGGUCCCUUCACAAAGCCAGUCUAGGGGGGCCAGGGGCAGUGGGCCCCCUAGCGAAGAAGCCGGAGAAGACUCGCCCUUCUCCAGCCUGGCGGGGUCCCAGGGCCUGCCACGAAGACGCAGCUGGGAGAGGUCGCGGAGCUGCUCUGAGACCUGGCAGAGGCUCAGCCUCGAAGCCUCAGCUGCAAAUGAGGGGCCCUGUCUCCCUCGGACACUGGCCAGCCUUUCUCUGAACCUGCCAGGAGAGAGCCUGCAGGCCUGGACCCAAGGGUGUCUGUCUGGGGACGGAACCCCCCCAGAGGCACCAAACAAGGAAUGUGACAGCCCCGAAAAAAGAGUGAGGUCACGGUCGGUUCCCGUGUCCUUCGAUGAGAUCAGCUCCCUGGAAAUCUUUCCGGCUUUGGAAGUGCCCGCUCCAGCGGUUCAAGGCCUGGAUCCACCGGUGCUGGAGUGCAUGGAAAAGGACCACGUGGAGCCAGAUCAUGUGCUGAUUGUCCAGCAGGUGCUUCAAGAACUCCGACAGUACCAUGGGGCCCGGCAGAGGGCUCGCUUGUCCAUCAGCCCCGGAGGAGCCCACUCAAACCUCACCUGGUUUGAGUUCCUGUCCGAGAGCGAGGACAGAGCGGGGAAGAUGGAGAGAAGUGACAGGAGUGCCAGGGUGAAGCGCAGACUGAGUUCCCUCCGAUGUCGAGUCACCAGGCAGAAGGAGAAGGGGAAGAGCCCAGUGCUUCUGAGAGACAAAGUUCAGGAUGCUCGAGAGCGGAAAGAAUGUGUCAACGGGCACCAGCUGGCUCAAGGAACCUUCUCUGGCCACUCCAGCUGCCCGCUGUGUGGCAAACCUUUUCUGAGCUCUGUUCUGAAGAAGUUCGACAUCAAGGUGUCAGCAGGGCCAGGCUCCCUCUGA